UACUCGCGUACUAAUCAGUAGGAAGUAAUAGUACUCGGCCCAUAUGUGGGUAUACUAUGUAGUAGGGUAGUACGCGGUUUGGGACGUAGCCUGAAUGUUCCAUAUGAGGCCUGUGUGAACAAGUCAUGGAAAAUGGCGACUGCGGAGCCGGAAGUAAUAUUGAAUCCAUCGAAGAGUGAAGAGGAGAACUCAGAAGAGACAAGCCAAGAGAUUGUCAGCCCUGAGUGUUAUAUCAAACAUCCGCUACAAAACAGAUGGUCUUUAUGGUUCUUUAAAAAUGAUAAGAGCAAAACAUGGCAAGCCAACUUGCGACUGAUAUCCAAGUUUGACACAGUAGAGGAUUUUUGGGCGCUUUAUAACCACAUUCAGCUGUCCAGUAAUUUGAUGUCUGGUUGUGACUAUUCACUGUUCAAGGAUGGCAUUGAGCCCAUGUGGGAGGAUGAGAGAAAUAAGAAAGGAGGGCGCUGGCUCAUCACCCUCAACAAACAACAGAGGAAGCUCGACUUGGACCGUUUUUGGCUGGAAACGAUGCUUUGCCUCAUAGGAGAAGCUUUUGAUGACUAUAGUGAUGAUGUGUGCGGUGCUGUAGUCAACAUCCGAACAAAAGGAGAUAAAAUUGCUGUCUGGACAACCGAUUAUGAGAACAAAGAAGCAGUAACACACAUAGGGAGGGUGUAUAAGGAGCGGUUAGGAAUCCCUAUGAAGAUGACGAUUGGCUAUCAGUCUCAUGCUGACACAGCCACUAAGAGUGGCUCAACUACCAAGAACAAGUUUGUGGUCUGAAAUUCUGAGCCUGAUCUCGAUCUCUUUCUUUCUCUCUCUCUCUCUCUCUCUCUCUCUCUCUCUCUCUCUCUCGCUGUCUCUCGCCCUCCCCAUCUCCCCCACUUCUCCCUUUGUCUCUCCCCCUCUCCUUCUCAUGCACUUUUCCUUUCUGCCCUGAACCAAAGCUUCAAAUUAACAGGUUCUCCCUCAAAAUACCACAGACCCUCAGCCAAUACUACUUCUGAGCCCCAACAGGAACCUCUAACUCCCCCAUACACCUUUAAAGAAAACACCUUACAAAGUCCCAUCCACCUCAGCAACUUACGAAGAGCUCAGCGUGUAAUACACUACAAGUGUUAACUCAAACCAAGCAAAUCCAUCUAAGCAAAAACAGCAAAGCAUUACGAUGACUCAAAUAUUCAAACAUAUUGACAGUCUCAUCAAAAAAGACUUGAACAAACUUGCAUAUUCAUUGUUAAACAGGACUCAGAGAUUGUAAAAUAUUUGGUGUGUUCCUUUUUAAACAAAUGUGUUGAAUUAUUUAAUGGCUGAGGAAAGGAAUUAUCUGUGUGCCCUUAUCCAGCAGCCUUGCUGCAAUAGUGCCUAAUGAACACAUUUUUAAUUUAUUCAUUAUUAGAUUUUAUCUUAACAUUUCAUGAAGGUGGUAUAAAGCCCUCCAUGUAAUCAAGCAAAUCUUCAAAAGGCUGCCUUAUUUCUUUCAGCAUUAACAUUAUUAAAUUUGGGGUUUUGCAAUUCAGUAUGUGUUUUUAUUUUAUAUAUAUUUUUUGAAUUUUACAUUCCUUGUUAGAAUGGUAGCAUAUAGGACUUUAAUUAUACUGUAAUAGAUGAUUUAUUAUUGUCUGAAUGUAAUUGGUUUUAACUUGAUACAACCUAGGCCGAACAUUAUCACUAGGUCUUUAAAUAAAGUAGAUUUAUGUGGA